AUGUACCUCCCAUCUAACCGCGCCUACCCUUUCGUGGGUAAUGGGCGGCUCCCGUGGUGUACCUGUGUUAGUGCCAGUGCGCGCCAGUUCCGCCAAGUCCGACGCCGGCAGACCCAGAUGAAGUUGCCACCAGCUCCGGCCGCCACGACAGCCCACGCCAGCGCCUGGGUCGUGGGCGCGCUGCUCAGCUUGUCGCUGACGGUAGCGCCGCCAGCGUUUGCCGCUGCCGAGCUUGAGUACUCAGAGGGUGGUGCCUACCAGGGCUCCAAGAUCGGCCAGGACCAACAGUUCAAGGCGGGCAUAGGCAAAGGGGCAGAGAAGGCGGAGAACUCGAAGAUCCAGGGCGGCGGCGCUAGCACACUGCAGGGAGGCAGACGCAUCACGAUUACCCGUGGAGUGAACCUGGAUAACACAAUCUGGAAAGGGGAAAAUCUGAAGGGUGUUGCGUUCCAGCAGAGCGUCGUUCGAUCGGCCGACUUUGAGGGCUCCGACCUGCGCACGGCCUCGUUCUUCGACGCCGACCUCUCCAACUCCAACUUCAAGGACGCCAACAUGGUCGAGACGAACCUCGAGAUGGCGGACCUCACAGGCGCGGACCUGACCGGCGCCGACCUGACAAACGCGUACAUGACGGGCGCCGUGGUCAACGGCCCCAAGGGUGGCCUCACCAAGAUCGACAACACAGACUGGACCGACGCUCAGCUGCGCAAGGACCAGCGAACCUACCUGUGCUCGAUUGCGAAGGGCAUUCCCUCGUGCCUGCACGGCGCCGGCUGGCCGCGAGCAUUCUCUCUUCACACCUGCUUGCCUGAACAGGCGAGAACCCCAAAACGGGCGUGGAGACGCGCAUGA